CCGAGAGCGAGAACAUCGCCUCGUUGCACAACCAGAUCACAGCUUGUGAUGCCAUCUUGGAGCGCAUGGAGCAGAUGCUGGGCGCCUUCCAGUGCGACCUGAGCAGCAUCAGCUGCGAGAUCCAGACGUUGCAGGAGCAAUCGGUGGCCAUGAACUUGAGGCUGAAGAACCGCCAGGCCGUGCGGAGCCAACUGAGCCAACUGGUGGACGAGCUGGUGGUGCCGGCCACCAUGAUCAGCACCAUCCUGGAGGUGCCGGUGACGGAGCAGGACUUCAUGGAGCAGCUCCACGAGCUCAACAACAAGAUCAACUACGUGAAGGAGCAGGCGUUCCGGGAGACCAUGGCCUGCGCCGACGUGCAGCACGUCCUGGAGAAGCUCAAGAUCAAGGCCGUCACCAAGAUCCGGGAGUUCGUCCUGCAGAAGAUCUACUCGUUCCGCAAGCCCAUGACCAACUACCAGAUCCCGCAGAACGCUCUGCUCAAGUACAGGUUCUUCUACCAGUUCCUGCUGGGCAACGAGCGGGCCGUGGCGCAGGAGCUGCGGGAGCAGUACGUGGAGACCAUGAGCAAGAUCUACCUGUCCUACUUCAAGUCCUACACCAGCCGUCUCAUGAAGAUCCAGUAUGAGGAGGUGGCAGAGAAGGAUGAUCUCAUGGGUGUGGAGGACACGGCCAAGAAAGGCUUCUUCUCCAAGCCGUCGCUGAAGAACCGCAACACCAUCUUCACGCUGGGCAACCGCGGCGCCGUCAUCAGCGCCGCCGAGCUGGAGGGCCCCAUCAUCGUGCCCCACACGGCGCAGAAGAGCGACGUGCGGUACCCCUUCGAGUCGCUGUUCCGCAGCCAACACUACGCCCUGCUGGACAACAGCUGCCGCGAGUACCUCUUCCUGUGCGACUUCUUCAUGGUGACGGGGCCCAGCGCCCAGGACCUCUUCAACGCCGUCAUGGGCAAGACGUUGGCCAUGUUCGUGAAACACAUGGAGUCCUACGUGUCCGACUGUUACGACAGCAUCGCCGUCUUCCUCUGCAUCCACAUCGUGCUGCGUUUCCGGGCCAUCAUGGCCAAGCGCAACAUCCCCGCCGUGGACAAAUACUGGGAGACGCUCUUGGAGACCCUGUGGCCCCGUUUCGAGCACAUCCUGGAGCAGAACAUCCAGAGCAUCCAGAACACGGACCCGCAGAAGCUGGGCUUCCUCGACACGCGGCCCCACUACAUCACCCGGCGCUACGCCGAGUUCUCCUCGGCCAUCGUGAGCAUCAACCAGACCUUCCCCAACGAGAAGACCCACGCGCUGCUGGGGCAGCUGCAGGUGGAGGUGGAGAACUUCGUGCUGCGGGUGGCGGCCGAGUUCUCCUCGCGCAAGGAGCAGCUCAUCUUCCUCAUCAACAACUACGACAUGAUGUUGGGCGUCCUCAUGGAGCGAGCGGUGGAGGAGAGCAAGGAGGUGGAGGGCUUCCAGCAGCUGCUCUCGGCGCGCACCCAGGAGUUCAUCGAGGAGAUCCUCUCGCCGCCCUUCGGAGGGAUGAUCGCCUUCGUCAAGGAGGCCGAGGCGCUGGUGGAGAAGGGACAGCUGGAGCGGCUGCGCGGCGAGGAGGCCCGGGUGACCCAGCUCGUCCGCGGCUUCUCCAGCACCUGGAAGGCCGCCGUAGAGGCGCUCAGCCAGGACGUCAUGAGAUCCUUCAGCAACUUCAAGAACGGCACCGGCAUCAUCCAGGGCGCCCUCACGCAGCUCAUCCAGUACUACCACCGGUUCCACAAGGUGCUGGCGCAGCCGCCGCUGCGCGCGCUGCCCGUCCGCGCCGAGCUCAUCAACAUCCACCACCUCAUGGUGGAGCUCAAGAAGCACAAGCCCAACUUCUAG